UUUUUUUUUUUUUUUUUUGCCACCUCUUCCCCGCUCAUCUGUGCUUCCACCGGCCAGGACAGCUGUGAAAGGUUGCCCGGCGGUCAGAGUGGCACAAUUACCCCCCGGCUUCUUSCCCCUCUCCCUUCACAUCAUCACCGUCUGAACCUGCGCAGUUACGGGAAGACCGGGGACAACGCCAACCCUCCGAUGCCAACAGGAGUGACCUUUAACUCUUUGGCUCGGGGCAGCAUCCAUCAGAUUCACAGCGCGGAGGGAAAAUCCUCGGACUGUCGGACUGGAUCACACCGAGCGAGGAGACUGUCUCUGGUCCAAGUUUCAUAGUGGAGGGGGGAAGCAAUGUGGCCCCUUCUUUCCACGUUGACCGUCUUAUGUAUCCAGAUGUUGCUGGUGAUGUGCAAUCCAUUGCAGCAGGUACUUGGUGUGGAUGGGGUCAACUUCAGCGUGCAUGUGGAGAACCAGACGCAGGUGCGCGACACCAUGAGUCGGAGACACCAUCGGGUCUACCAGCUUUACAGCCGCACCAGUGGAAAGCACGUCCAGGUGCUGGGACGCAGGAUCAGCGCCAGAGGAGAGGAUGGAGACAAAUAUGCCCAGCUCGUAGUGGAGGCAGACACCUUCGGCAGCCAGGUGAGAAUCCGAGGCAAAGAAACCAAUUUCUACCUGUGCAUGAACCGCCGUGGCAAGCUAGUAGGAAAGAAGGCCAGUAACCGAAGCGCGGAUUGCGUCUUUGUGGAAAUGGUGCUGGAAAAUCACUACACAGCCCUGAUGUCAGCGCGCUACGCUGGCUGGUAUGUCGGCUUCACAAAAAGGGGGCGUCCUCGCCGCGGCCCCCACACACUCCCCAACCAGCAGGACGUGCACUUCAUGAAACGCUUCCCACCGGGGGAACAGCCCGACCUCACCACGCCCUUCCGCUUCACCACCGUCAGCAAGCGGGUUAAGAGGGUGCGUGCUACCGGGACCCGCUAGCGGUGGUUAACGCUAGCACCCACUGUUUUGUUUCCACCCAAAGCCUUUAGCUGAGCCUUCCAAUGGCUAACCCUAGUCAUCUCUUCUGUCGCACACGACUGAACACCUUCUUUUGAUGGGACAAAUAUUGACCAGAAACUUAAUGAAUCAUUAAUGGGGGUUUAGCUAUAUGUGUUCUAAAUUGCCACUACAAGCCCCUGGUUCCUUUGUUUUUGUUCCCCGUGCUGGACCAAUUGGACAGCAACUCAACCGAUGCUGGAAGCUUUUCGGACCUGGUCUGCUUCCCUUCACAGUCCAGAAAUAGUGACAGAACCUGAAGGCCAGGUGCUAUAUAGGCCUUGAUUCCACAGCCCCCUGAAACAACAAGGCCUUCAUGUCUGCUGUUCGGGACCAGCUGGACAAUGUCAAGGACUGGGAUUACAACUGGACCGUACAGAGAACACAGAUGGGGAAAGACUGACUGAACUAGAGAGUGGGUGCUCAGCCUAUGGAUAAAGGGAAAGCUGGAUGGCAAAUGCAAGAAAAAUAAUGAAGACAGCGUGAUCUGCACAGAUCCAACACACAUAUGAUGGACUAUUGACAUGUGACGCACUUAUCUGUCUCACUYGUUAAAAGGCACUGACCCGUGAGACCGUUGGAUGAAUAGCAAGAAUAAAAACGAUAGAGAAAAUAUUAGAGCAAAUGACAGAAUAAACGCAUGUUCCUAAAAAGAGGACGACAAAGAAAGUAUGUUGUGUAUGUUUGCAGGAGUGCGGGAAGCAAAAUCACAAGGGGUUCUGGAAAUGGACUGUGCAGUUUUUGUUUUGUCUUUUGCAUUAACUCACGACAACUCACCGCAGGGACUGAAGCUUUAAGAACUGGAAUGUACAGAAAAAUAAUAAGCUGAACCAAAAUCAGUCAACCAAUCACUGCAAACCAAACGAACGACAACCAAAGACAUCUGGAGACCUUCUUCGUGAUUCCUGCUCAUUCCCUGCCUCCCCCCGGAGGACACAACAUCUUCAGCUUUUAGGUGCAGAGGGUGAUGAGCGCAGGGCUGAGCCCAGAGGGGAGGGUGCCUUCUUUAGUGUCGCUCUAGAAACGACCCAGGGGGGAUGAUGCUCCUGUGUGAUAUCAUGGAUACAGAGUGCUGCUACCAGGACAUACAGUGGAACAAUCCAAAGUCUCAUUCAUUCACACAGGAGAAAGAAAAAAAAACAUAAUAAUAAAGGGAAUGUUUUAUUGAAAGUUAUAUAUAUUAUAUAUAUGUGAGAAGACAGAAACUUAAAUAAGCAAUCUUACUAUGAUGGUUACUAUAAUUAUGAUAAAAUUAUUUCAUUUAUUUAUUUCAGCUCUGUGUGCAGAAGUCUUUGACUCAGUAAACCUUACAGAAACAUUU